CGGACAGGACUGUACCAUUCCAACGUUGACGUGCUGCUUUAUUAGGAUUAUUAACGAAACACUUAAGUACAAUUUAUAGUAUUUAUGUACAUCAUACGCGCUCUAUUACUGUUUAUAAAUACGAUCUUAGUGCUGCUUAAUGUUCUUAGUAAGAUCUAUUCAGAGCAUUUUGGAAGUGUCCACUCCCGCUGCAACUAGGUUGGAUUCUUCCUUAUACAGCCAUGUUGGAUGGAGCUGCUUAUUGACUGAACUCUCUCGCUGGAGUUCCGAUGAAAGUUUAGACCUUGCGAUUAGUCUUCUAGACGUCGCAAGAAUUUUGACCUAUUAAACUGUCAAUGGAAAUGCAUUAAGUAGCGUUUCUAAACGACCGUCACGUUUAUAUACUUUCCAAUAAUAUACCAGAAAGGCACCUGCACCGGUGUGAGGGUUUGGUAGCAGGCCACGGGACAAUGAUCACUGUUUGACUUUAUUUUCUAUCCUGGAUUGAAUAGAACGAGUUAGAAUCAUAGCACACGUUUUGUUGAUUAUACACAAUGAGCAGUCAUCAGCCCCAACGGCGGCCAACAAAUGCUGGAUCUAUCGUGCUCACGCCGCAAGAAAACGAUUGCCUUUUCAACUACCUUGGCAGGAAAUGUAUUUCGCUGUGCUCGGCGGUGGUGCAGGUGUACUCUGCCGAGAGGAACUCUGGCUGGACCAAGAGCUGUUGCGGUGUGGCCUGUCUGGUCAAAGACAAUCCACAGAGGUCCUACUUCAUCCGGGUCUUCGACAUCAAGGAUGGCAGAAUCAUGUUUGAGCAAGAGCUAUACAACAAUUUCACAACCCACAACUCCAAAUCGUACUUUAUUACUUUUGCCGGAGACACAUGCCAGGUGGGUCUCAACUUUGCCAGCGAGGAAGAGGCCAAACGUUUUCGGAACGCGUUGGCGGACUUGCUUGGGAGAAGACAACGGAAAUCUGAGAAAAGGCGUGACUCUCCGAAUGGUCCUGCCCUCCCCAUGGCGACCGUGGACAUCAAGAACCCAGAGAUCAACAACGCGCCACGCUUCCACAACAACACCCAGGUCAACAACAUUGUGCACUCGUCCUUCGCCAGGAAGGAGAAGAAGGUGAAGGGCAAGAAGAAGAGAUUGACCAAGGCUGACAUCGGCACGCCCAGCAACUUCCAGCACAUUGGACAUGUAGGCUGGGACCCCAACACAGGCUUUGAUUUGAACAACCUGGACCCAGAGUUGAAGAACCUGUUUGACAUGUGUGGCAUCUCGGAGGCCCAGCUGAAGGACAAGGAGACAUCUAAGGUCAUCUACGACUUCAUUGAGAAGAAGGGAGGAGUGGAGGCCGUCAAGAAUGAGCUCCGGAGACAAGCCCCCCCACCCCCACCCUCCAGAGGUGGUCCUCCCCCCCCCGCGCCCCCCCACCACGGCUCAGCCCCCCCUCCGCCUCCCCCUGCCAGGGGCCGAGGAGCUCCUCCGCCCCCUCCCCCGACUCGGGCCCCGACGUCCGCCCCCCCACCACCUCCGCCCUCCCGGCCGGGCAUGGGUGCCCCGCCUCCGCCGCCUCCCCCCAGCCGGGGGCCCCUCCCCCCUCCACCGCAACCCUCCCACGCCAGCAUCGCCCCCCAGGCACCACCUCCCUCGCCCCCCUCCUCCGCCCCAGCAGGCAUCGGCUCCGGAGCGCCUCCGCCGCCGCCUCCCCCUCCGCCCCCGGGCCCCCCGCCCCCAGGGCCCCCACCACUGCCGGAGGCUAACGGUGGAGAUGGGGGUGUGCCCUCACCCCUGGGCGGGGGUAAGAAUGCCCUGCUGAGCCAGAUCCGGGAGGGAGCCAACCUGAAGAAGGUGGAGCAGAAGGAGCGUCCCGUCUCCACCAACACCGGCAGAGACGCCCUGCUGGACCAGAUCAGACAGGGCACCAAACUGAAAAACGUGCCAGACACUGUCGAUUCGGGCCCCCCCACCUCAGCCCCAUCGGCCGGCAUUGUAGGGGCUCUUAUGGAGGUGAUGCAGAAGAGGAGCAAAGCCAUCCACUCCUCAGAUGACGAUGAGGAUGAUGAUGAAGAUGAGGACUUUGAGGAUGAUGAUGAGUGGGAGGACUAGCUUACCCCCCCCCAGCGGAAGAUUACCACACAAUAUUGUUUCUUGUCUUUCUGAAUCUUAUUCAAAUUCUAAUGUAAAUGUUCUAUCGAUUUGCUGUAUAUUUUUGUUGCCUUUGAGCUUCUCUUUUUUUUUUAUCUGUGCAAUACCUCAUGUAAUCUGUAAAGGUUUGUCAUGUAUCUUUUUGUAAAGUAUUCUCUCUCCCUCCCUGAUGAACAUGUGCAAUUUUACAUCGAGGUUGUCUCGACACGUGGAGUUGAAUGUUUCUUUUUGUGUGCUUUUGUCAGCAAUUGGUAUGGAGAGAGAUCUAUUGAACAAAUUGACAGAAACACAUAAAUGUAAUUCAUUGUCAGUACAAAUCGAGAACACUAUUUUCAUACCCUGCCCUUAAUAACUUUUAUUUUUGUGUACUCAAAGAAUCCUAAUUUAGCUCUCCUAUUUUCCUAAAGAAUCCCCUCUUUUUUGGGAUAUAUUUAUCCCCAACUGCUGUCUAUUGUAAAUUUGUCUCAGAGGUUUUUUUUGGAGCCUGUUAUAUUUUUGCACGAAUCGAGAGGAAGGGAAGGGGGGCUUACUACUUGAGUACAGAGUCAACUUCCUGUCUUCAUCUGAACCUGCUGGGUUACGCUUUAAAGGCUAUGAUGUAAAGUUCAGUUCAACAUCCAGCACUCUACACUACACUUUGACCAAGGCUAUACACAAACAUAUACUGUAUACACACAAAAGACCUGCAACAUGGUUUGUUUUAUGGAGCUCAAAAGGUUCUCACUACAACAUCCACCGUUCAGUUUUUCUGUUUUUAUCUUUCUUUGUAUUCCUUAGUUUUGUCUGUCUCUUUACAGUAGCAUUCAGACGUAUUUGUUUGAAUCAGGUGAGCUUUUGUGCAGUAUAAAAAGCUUGAGAGUAAAAGAAACACUUUUGAAAUCUACAAAGCUGCUGUUUACCACUGUGUAACUUGGGGUCGUGAUACUAAAACACGCCGUGGGAGGAAUCGCAGAACGAGACAAGAUUCAAGCCCCCUUGACACUAACCCAUCCCCCAAGCAGAGUAAUACUGCAUAUUUAAACAGGCAGCCUCGUCUAUGACAGCGCUGACUGAAUGUCUCGAACCGGCUGUUAUCACCUGUUUAUCUCUUCCCCAUUCAGCAGUUAGUGACUGUACUCAGUCAAUAGGCCACGGACAUCAACACCCGUGAGAUUAGGUUGGAAAAAUAACAGACUAUUAAAUUGUACACUAUAAUAAAUGUUAAUAUUUCCAUA